CUUCCUGGGAGGUGAUUCUUGUACCCCCUCGAUCCAGCUCUGUGCACUCCAGGAACAGUUCCUCUGGCCCUCCUCUCCAGGAGCUCCCCCACCCCCAUGAAGGGGCAGCUGGGCAGACUGCCUCAAUCUAAUUGUGUCUCCCUCACCCUCUUCCCACACCUGCCCCAUCUAGUGGAAAUGGAUGAUGAGGAUGGGAGAUGCUUACUAGACGUGAUUUGUGACCCUCAGGCCCUCAAUGACUUCUUGCAUGGAUCCGAAAAGCUGGACAGUGAUGACCUCCUGGAUGCCCCUGUGGAGGCCCAAAGUGCCUUCUAUGAAGGUUCUGGGCUCCAUGUGCAGGAAGCUCCCGGCAACCACCUAAACCCGGAGCCCAGCCAGCCUGCCCCUAGCGUGGACCUGGACUUCCUGGAAGAUGAUAUCUUGGGCUCCCCUGCAGCAGGAGGAGGAGGUGGAGGGGGCGGUGGGGGCCCUGAACAGCCCUGUGACAUUCUCCAGCAGAGUCUUCAGGAGGCCAACAUCACAGAACAGACCUUGGAGGCUGAGGCUGAACUGGACUUGGGCCCCUUCCAGCUGCCCACCCUACAGCCCGCCGACAAUGGGGCUGGUGCUACUGGGGCCACAGGAGCCGCCACGGUGACUGCGGGACCCCAGGCUCUCUUCCCGGGCAGCGCAGAUCUGCUGGGGCUGCAAGCUCCGCCCACUGUACUGACCCACCAGGCCUUGGUGCCACCUCAGGACGUGGUCAACAAGGCCCUGAGCGUUCAGCCCUUCCUGCAGCCUGUGGGUCUGGGCAACGUGACCCUUCAGCCCAUUCCGGGCCUCCAGGGCCUCCCCAAUGGCAGCCCCGGGGGUGCCACAGCAGCCACCUUGGGUCUGGCACCUAUUCAAGUGGUGGGCCAGCCCGUCAUGGCCCUUAACCCACCCACCUCCCAGCUCUUGGCAAAACAGGUGCCUGUCAGUGGCUACUUGGCCUCAGCAGCCGGGCCCUCAGAGCCAGUGACACUGGCCUCUGCCGGAGUGUCCCCCCAGGGGGCCGGCCUGGUCAUCCAGAAGAAUCUCCCAGCUGCAGUGACCACCACUCUCAAUGGGAACUCAGUGUUUGCCGGGACAGGGGCCGCCACAGCAGCAGCCAGUGGGGCACCCUCGGGACAGCCGCUGGCGGUGGCCUCGGGCCUGGGCACGUCACCACUGGUACAAGCACCCAAUGUGAUUUUACACAGAACCCCCACGCCCAUCCAACCCAAACCUGCAGGGGUACUGCCCCCCAAACUCUACCAGCUGACACCCAAGCCCUUCACCCCCACGGGGGCAACCCUUACCAUCCAGGGUGAACCAGGUACCCUGCCACAGCAGCCUAAGGCCCCCCAGAACCUGACUUUCAUGGCCGCAGGCAAAGCUGGCCAGAAUGUGGUGCUGUCCGGCUUCCCUGCACCGGCCUUACAGGCGAAUGUAUUCAAGCAGCCACCAGUCACCACCACGGGGACAGCUCCGCCGCAGCCCCCCGGGGCCCUCAGCAAGCCCAUGAGCGUCCACCUCCUCAAUCAAGGCAGCAGUAUCGUGAUCCCAGCCCAGCACAUGCUGCCGGGCCAGAACCAGUUCCUGCUGCCAGGCACCCCAGCCGUUCAACUCCCCCAGUCACUCUCUGCCCUGCCUGCCAGCGUGGGUGGCCAGAUCCUCACAGCCGCAGCACCCCAUGCAGGUGGACAACUCAUCGCCAACCCGAUCCUCACCAACCAGAACCUGGCAGGCUCACUGAGUCUAGGUCCCGUGCUGGCGCCCCACUCGGGAGCACACAGCGCCGCACACAUCCUCUCUGCAGCCCCCAUCCAAGUGGGCCAGCCUGCUCUCUUCCAGAUGCCUGUGUCCCUGGCCACUGGCAGCCUGCCCACCCAGAGCCAGCCGGCCCCCACUGGCCCCACCGCCACCACCGUCCUCCAGGGCGUCACCCUGCCCCCCAGUGCUGUGGCCAUGCUCAACACCCCCGAUGGACUGGUGCAGUCCACCACCCCGGCUGCUACCACUGGGGAGGCCACGCCUGUCCUGGCAGUUCAGCCUUCACCCAGGUGCCCCCCCGCUGUCACCACGUCACUGCCUGUGGGUCUCCAACAGCCACAGGCACAGCAGCCUCCACAGGCCCCUACUCCCCAGGCGGCCCCCCAGCCUCAGGCCACCCCUCCUCAGGCCAGCCCAGAGAAGAUAGUCCUGGGGCAGCCGCCCGCUGCGGCCACAACGGCCAUCCUCACUCAGGAUUCCCUCCAGAUGUUCCUGCCCCAGGAGAGGAGCCAGCAGCCCCUCUCUACAGAGGGUCCCCACCUCUCGGUGCCUGCCUCGGUCAUAGUCAGCGCCCCGCCUCCUGCCCAAGACCCAGCCCUGGCCACACCCGUGACCAAAGGAGCUGGCCUCGGCGGCGGCGCUCAGACCCCCGACAGCCAGGCUUCCCCAGCUCCGGCUCCCCAGGUCCCUGCAGCUGCUCCACUGAAAGCCCCCGGCCCCGCCUCCUCCCCAUCACUACCUCACCAGGCCCCCCUGGGAGACAGUCCCCACAUGCCCUCCCCACACCCUGCCAGGCCCCCUUCCCGCCCACCCUCAAGACCCCACUCCCGCCCUCCAUCCCAGCCCCAGAGUCUGACCUGCCCACCCUUGGAGCCCACCCUUCACCCCUGCCCUCCACCCCAGGGUCCCCCAACUCUGCCUGGUAUCUUUGUGAUCCAGAAUCAAUUGGGUGCUCCACCACCAGCGGGCACCCCAGCCCCCACAGCCCCAGGCCCACCCCAGACCCCUCUGCGACCCCCAUCCCAGCCCACUGAGGGCCCACUGCCCCCAAACUCCCACCUCCCUCCUGCCUCUACCCCCUCCUCCACUGUGGCCUCCUCCUCUGAGCCUUCCACCAGGUUGCCAGUCCCCACACCCCCUGACUUCCAGCUCCAGUUCCCACCGGGCCAGGGACCCCAUAAGUCCCCCACUCCGCCACCAGCCCUCCACAUGGUCCCUGAGCCCACAGCGCCCCCUCCACCACCACCUCGGACCUUCCAGAUGGUAACUGCCCCCUUUCCAGCACUGCCCCAGCCAAAAGCACUUCUGGAAAGAUUCCACCAGGUACCAUCUGGGAUUAUCCUCCAGAAUAAGGCAGGGGGCACCCCCGCCACCCCACAGACGUCUACUUCCCUCGGGGCCCUUUCCAGUCCUACUGCCUCUGCACUAGUCAGCGGACAGGCACCACCUGGGGCUGCUGCCACCUCCAGCCAUGCUCCAGCCUCCACGCCUAUGGCCACCACAGGCCUCCCUCCUCUACUUCCUGCCGAAAACAAAGCUUUUGCCAGCAACCUUCCAACCCUGAGUGUGGCCAAAGCUGCUGUGUCAGGGCCCGGGAAGUCCCCAGCACUGCAGUAUGACAGCAAGUUGUGUAGCCUGAAGAAACAGCCCCUACUGCAACCCAGCAAAGAAGCCUGCUUCCUGGAGCAUCUGCACAAACAUCAGGGUUCCGUCCUGCACCCCGAUUACAAGACAGCCUUCCCCUCCUUCGAGGAUGCCCUCCAUCGCCUCCUGCCCUACCACGUCUACCAGGGUGCCCUCCCCUCCCCCAACGACUACCACAAAGUGGAUGAAGAAUUUGAGACUGUCUCCACGCAGCUCCUCAAACGCACCCAGGCCAUGCUCAAUAAAUACCGGCUUUUGCUUCUGGAAGAGUCCAGGAGAGUCAGCCCUUCCGCGGAGAUGGUCAUGAUCGACCGAAUGUUCAUUCAGGAGGAGAAGACCACCCUUGCCUUGGAUAAGCAGCUCGCCAAGGAGAAGCCUGACGAGUACGUGUCUUCCUCCCGCUCCCUUGGCUUCCCUGUCCCAGUGUCUUCCGAGGGUCACCGGCUCCCCAGCCAUGGCCCAUCAUCCUCAUCUUCCACAUCCGGAACCUCUGCCCAGCCUCCUCCUCACCUGCCCACCAAGCUAGUGAUCCGACACGGUGGGGCUGGCGGCUCCCCUUCAGUGACCUGGGCUCGAGCAUCAUCUUCCUUGUCAUCAACGUCCUCCUCCUCCUCCUCCUCCUCUGCCGCCUCAUCCUUGGACGCAGAUGAGGAUGGCCCCAUGCCCUCCCGCAACCGGCCACCCAUCAAGACCUACGAGGCCCGCAGCCGCAUCGGCCUCAAGCUCAAGAUCAAGCAGGAGGCCGGCCUCAGCAAGGUGGUGCACAACACCGCACUGGACCCUGUGCACCAGCCCUUGCCUGCACCUGCACCUGCGAAAGGGGCGGAGCCUCCGCCGCGCCCGGCCCCGCCCCCACUUCCUCCUGCCACGCAGGCACAGAUGAAUGGCACUCUGGACCAUCCCCCACCUACAGCACGCAAAUCCACAGUGCCUGCGCCCUGCCCACGCCUACCAUUGCGCAAGACCUACCGUGAGAAUGUGGGCGACCAAGGUGCUGCCGAGGGUGCACAGGGACGGCCGCGGGGUACAAACAGCCCAACCCCACUGCCUGCCAAGGUGGACGAGGCCACCAGCGGGCUAAUCCGUGAGCUGGCUGCCGUGGAGGACGAACUGUAUCAGCGUGUUCUGAAGGGCGGCCCACCACCCCAAGAAACCCCAGCCUCUGCCACCAGCCAGGGCGCCUCCGAUCCCAGCUGGGAAGCACCCGCGCUGCCCCCGGCCAAACGACGCAAGUCUGAGUCACCUGACGUGGACCAGGCCAGCUUCUCUAGUGACAGUCCGCAGGACGAUACGCUCACUGAACAUUUGCAGAGCGCCAUCGACAGCAUCCUUAACCUGCAGCAGGCCCCUGGCCGGACACCCUCAGCCCCAUACCCCCAUACAGGGCCCACACCUGGCACCCCCACAUCCCCAGUGCCCCUGCACAGGCCAGACGCCUUUCCACCCUCCAGUCACAACGGUGGCCUCGGUGCCAGGACGUUGAACAGAUAACACUGGGCUGCUCCUGCGGCCCCUGUUGGGUGCCCCCAACCCCACCUCCAGGGGAGCAGCCAGGCAGCCGACUUCCACCUCUAAGGGGACACUAAACCAGUUCCCCUGACAAUUCUUGCCUAAGUUAUUUGAGUCACAAAGGCCUCCCCACCCUCCUGCUUCCUUCCACAUUGGCUAGAGAGUUGGGAUGGGGCGUGGGCUUUCUAGGGGAAGGGGGGCUGUAAUGUACAAUGUUCCCCCCUGGCACAGGACAGGCCAGGGGAUAAGAGUGAGUGUUUCCCAGGACUGGGCCACCGGGUUGGCACACUGGUAACAUCUGAAUACCAGGCCUUGUCUGAUCGGCUUCAUGGAUCACUGUCCAGGGCACUCAGAGCUGUGAGAGACCUUCAGACAUGCUCAGCUCUCUUCCUCAGAGCCUGGAAAAUUAGGAAACAAGGACUCGAGCCAGUGUCCCAAAGUAUCUGCGUCCCAUCCAUAACGUGCACACACCUGAGUCAUUCUAUGUGUGUGCAUACACGAGAGAGUAAGAGAGAUUCCCACCACCCCCAUCCCUCCAGAGGAACAAGACAUGGAGUCUUCCUUCCUCCUCCCAAGCGUCUUCCCUGUCUUCUUGCCUCCAGCCCACCAUGCCACGUUUUGAAAUCUCGGAGACAAAACUAGUACUGUAAGAUAAAGGGUUUGUUUUGUUUUUGUACUGUAUUUAUUGUGUAUAACGAUUUUUUUAAGGGAGAAUUCUGUACAUCUAGAACUCUUGUAAAUUAAAAACCGAUCCUUUUUUUUUUUUUAAACUGUAUUCAGGCCCCCUCCGGCCCCUGUUGCUUUUGGGUGUUUUAUUUGGGGAAUGGUAUUGGUGGGUUGGGAACCAAGCCAAUAGAGAGGAAUUUACUAUGUUGGGUGAGUGUCCACUGGGUCCUAGGCCAUGUUCUAAGCCCUAUGGGGUCAUGAGAUAGUUGAACAGGUGCAGGACUUUCCAGGACUCAAAUUUUAUCCCUGGGACUUAACAUGAGAAGGAAAGAGCUGAUUCCCACACGUCCUCUGACCACUACGUACGUGCAGUGGCAUACAUGCCCACACACA